AUGUCGAAGCAAAGUGCUGGGACUAGUGGACAAGUUGUCAGAAUUGACAUGGUCCAUGCACCCAACCGAGCGAUCGAGUAUCGAAGCAAUACACAACAUCAAAAUUGUCGUGUUCCGAAAACAUCAAAAAGUGACUUUGCGUACAUUAACACGGCGUAUGUGGGCAGUACGAACAGUGUAAAUGACACUAGGCUUCCGCAACCUCCCGUAAGUGUAAUGCGAGAGCAGUACUGGGCGUGUUCGAAGUGGCCUUUCGCGACGAGGUUCCUGGUCAUAACAGUGAGCGUGCUGAUCGGAGCCGUCAUCGGGCUCUCCGUCCUUGUGGUGCUGAGGGGGGACAACAAAGAUGUCACUGACUUGUUCAGAACACAUCCCGCGCCUGAUUAAUGGACACUGCUUUUGUAGAGACUUUACUAGUUCAUUGAAGACAUUUUUGCAGUUUCCAUUCCUAUGGACUGCACACUGUGUAAACACUGUUAACGGUUUGCUUGUUUUUUUUUUAAUUCUUUAUUGCACACUAUUGAAUAAGGUACAAAUUCGUACUUAAUGCCAUGUGGCAUUGUUUUGCAGCUUACCUGGUAUUUGUGGAACAUGUAAUGCGUGUGCGUGGUAAUACAGUUUUGACAUUUAAAGUUUGGAAGAUGAAAAAAAAACAAAAA